CGGCCGCUGAACCCGCGCGCCGUACGGUUGGUACGCGUGCGUUUACCCGCGCUCGACCGUCCGUCCGUCCAUCCGUUCGAACGUUCGUUCGUUUCGCGCACUGUACGCCGUCUUUCGCUGUAUCGUCUUCUUCCGACUGCCGUCGCGAGCGAGUCCGACGCGUGCAAGUGAUAUCCGCACGAUUUUCCUCUGUUAUUCUUCCCCGGAGCUGUUUGCAGUGCCUACCCCCGACCGUCCAACAGCGGUGUUCCAUCCGAGGGGAAAGCGGCGGGGUCAAUCGUGGGUGCUACUUCACCCGGCGAGAGUCUACAAGAUCUACCCUUUUGGAUUUUUCGGGAUCGUCUCUCACGCUGGUGAAUCGUCCUCGUACGCGGUCAACGCGAAUCUUUCCUGCACAUGAUCUCAUAUCAUCUAUAGGCAUCGCGUUCAUCCGGUAACGACGAGGAUGUAGCCCAUGUGGGGCUUUUCAACGAGAGCGAACCGCACGAAUUUCAAGUCAAGACGAUGAUGAUGCGCGCGAUACAGGGAAGAGGAAUUGACCGAGGGAAGAACAGGUCAGCGUAGAAGAAAGAAGGAGAGAUUCCUCCUUGCUUACUCGCGAGAGAACACGCCGGAUGUUAUCGCGAGACUGAUAAAAACACUGCCAGGAGUAAUGACGAGCUAGAUUGCCGCUUCGUCCGCUGAACCGUUCCUUGGUCGAUCUUAGCUUUUGCUGCUCACUAACUGCCCCUCUACCUGCCCCCCUUCCUGCCCCCUUCGUGUCAGUCCUGCCUUCGUCACGUAUAUACACGUACACGCUUAUAUUAAUAUAUACACAUCCGUUCUCUCCCUCGAGAGAUCAAAGACUGAAAAUAAAAGGUGGCGACAUGUUGGGCGUGAGUCAGCCGGGCAACACGCCCUCGAGCUUGCGGCACUCGGCGAGCUUCUCGUGCUUGCAACGCGGCACCGCCGGCGAGGGUCAUCGCGCGAGGACCUCAACAUUGCUGCAACAGCCGAGUCUACAACUGAGCAACGGUCAUCAUCAGUACACGUCCAGCGGCCAGGCGGCGGCAGCUGCGGCUGCGGCGGCCGCGCAUUGCUCCCUCCUGCAGCAUCACCAGCAACAGUCCCGCGAACCGUUCGAUCCUGUCCUUCAGGAUGGCAACGAUUACGGCUUCGUGCGGAUCCGACCACGGUUGCGCAGCACGAAUGCAACCUUGUAUCACGAGGAGGAGGUGGCAGCCGCGAAGAACGCCCUGAGGGAACAGCGCGACGCCGCCGCGUUUAGCGACCGAGAAUGCGAUUCCAACUUCAGGGACUGCCCGUUGAAAGUCAAGGAUCACCGCGACCUCUCGCCGAAGGGAACUGCCAAGAACCAGAAUCCAUUACGAGGCGCGUUAAUUCUUUUUACUUCAACAUCAUCCUGGUGGAAGGCCCGACAACGAGAGGAACAGCUACAUGCAACUGGCGGUGGCGCUGCCGCUAUCAGCGCACCGUCAUCAGAACGGAAAUGGUCGGGUACUUCGAUGGCGUCACCCUCGAAUGAGAGAAAGUGGCCGUCCUCGAUGACGUCGCCUACGAAUGAGCGGAAGUGGUCCGUGGGUAACAGUCUGUUGACGUCACCGUCGAAUGACAGGAAGUGGAACAGAUCCUCGGUUUCAUCCACAUCGACGAACCAACAGGAUCGGAAAUGGCGAUCCCUUGGCGCACUUUUAAGGACUCCCGUCGGAGCUAGCAGUAGCUCUCACGUCAAUCAGAAUUCCUUGUCUCAUAAUAUGAGCAUAUCCAUGAUCGAGGGUGAUCACUUUCGCGAAGAAUCGCGCGGAUCGAGCUGUAAGACGCGCUACCAACAACCGACGUCCUACUCGGCACGAGUGUCUCGUGUCAGUAGAGACGUUUACCGGGAGAACGGAGAGUUUGGUCAAAUUGCUGGCAAGUCGAAGGUCAGCCGCAGGUUGUACCAAGAUAGCGAGCCGGCAAUCGAGCUCGACGAGAGACACAUUACGCAGCGUAACCGACAUCAGCUGGAUGACUCCGAACAAUGCAGGAGCAUUAGAGAAGGACGCGACCAUUGCAGAGCCGCGGAACAGAGCGUUGUAGAGACUCGCGGCACGACCUCCACUACACGAUCGAGCCGUGCACAAAGCUUUUAUCUUCUGGACGACUUCCUGCGGCCGCAGCCGCAGCAGCCGAGCAACAAGUGCAUGUUGAAUCUGUACAUGUCCCCGUCGCACGCCGUCAAAUGCGGCAACGAGUAUGGUAGGUCGUGCGAGGUCAGGCAGGCGACCUGCCAGCAAGCGAACGUCAGCAGCAAUAUUACGCCGCCGCGACGCCACAACUCGAGCUCGGACAGCCUCGAAGUGGCCACCAGUCCGCUGCCGCCGCCGGUGCCGCCGCCGCCGCCUCAUCAGGCCGCCGGUAACACGCGGGACCGUGAACGGAAUGAGAACCCGAAGGAGGCGAGUAAGGACGUGUGCCCGUGCAAACUAUGCUGGACCAAUAUGCAGAGAUCCCUUGUGGAAGAGGUGAGUAGGCGAUCCAAAGAACAUGCGACAGAAAAGAAGGGAAGGAGUCCUGGAACGUUGCACAAGGAUGUCGGCGGUGCUGGUACGAAGGUCAGCGAGAAAACCGUCGGUGGCGUCGGUACGGCGACCCUCACCACGCUCUCCUCCAUUAAUAACGCAUCCAACACCGGCCGUAAUAAAAACAAUCCCGUAUCUCAUGAGAAACUGCCGUCUUUUUUCAACAGCAAGCCGACGCGAGUGGACAAGACGGACAACAAUAAUGCGAACAACUCUAACAGCACGAGCAACAACAUCCACAAUAUGCCGCUGCAUGAACCCAUCAGCGCAACUUCCCCCGAAGUAUACGCUGGGAGACUGCCCAUGACGCCCCAGGAGGCGGUGAAGUAUUACGGCUCCAGACUGACGGAAUUCGAGCGUGCCGAGAUCGAGAAGUACUCGGAGAUUUGGUACCUGGGUCUGUCGGCCCACAAAAUCCACGGCGAGGAGGUCUCCUCUCAGAACGGCGGUUACGACGAUGAAAACGGCAGUUACAACAAAGUCCUGCACGAUCAUAUCUCUUACAGAUACGAGAUCCUGGAGGUGAUCGGCAAGGGAAGUUUCGGUCAGGUGAUCCGAGCGCUGGAUCAUAAAACGGGACAGCAUAUCGCCAUCAAGAUUAUCAGAAACAAGAAGAGAUUCCAUCACCAGGCUCUCAUCGAAGUGAGAAUCUUGGAACAUCUCAGAAAGAAGGAUUUAGAGAUGAACUCGCAGCACAAUGUGAUACACAUGCUAGAAUAUUUUUACUUCAGGAAUCAUCUGUGCAUCAGUUUCGAAUUAAUGAGCUUGAACUUGUACGAGCUAAUCAAAAAGAAUAAUUAUCAAGGAUUCAGCCUGAGCCUGAUCCGUCGUUUCGCCAACUCUCUAAUUAGUUGCCUGAGACUGCUCUACCGAGAGAACAUCAUUCACUGCGACUUGAAACCGGAAAACGUGCUGUUGAAACAACGGGGGAGCAGCUCGAUUAAAGUCAUCGAUUUCGGCUCGUCGUGUUAUAGCCAUCAACGCGUUUACACGUACAUACAGUCGAGGUUCUACAGAAGUCCGGAAGUGAUUCUCGGUCUUACUUACGGCCCACCGAUCGAUAUGUGGAGUCUGGGCUGUAUCUUAGCCGAGCUCUACACGGGGUAUCCGCUGUUUCCGGGCGAGGAUGAGAUAGAGCAACUUGCUUGUAUAAUGGAAGUCCUCGGUCUGCCACCGGAGCACAUUAUCAAUCAUGCCUCUCGUCGCAGGCUCUUCUUCGAUCAGAAGGGAAGUCCGCGAUGCGUGACAAACAGCAAGGGCAAGAAGAGAUGGGCAGGUAGCAAGAAUCUCUCAAUGGCGCUUCGCUGCUCCGACAUGCUCUUCGUAAACUUCGUUAGCAGAUGCCUCGAGUGGGAUCCAAAGAAGCGUAUGACCCCCGAUGAGGCGAUGCGUCACGAGUGGUUGACUUCGUCGUCGUCUUCACACAUGAGCUCCUCUUCGUCGGCGAUAACUUCAUCGACAGUGAACGCGAGUGCGAAUACGACGACAACGAGCGUCGAGACGCCGCGGGAAUCCGCACACGCUCCACAGACGGUGAGCGUGACUGUGAGCGCACCGCGACAACGGGCAACGACGAUGGAGGACCCACCGUACACGAUGUACCGAUUAUAUAAAGGUCGCAAGUAUGUGCAGAAGGUCUCUACAGGUACCGACAGCACCGACAAUGGUGGUGGCUUGAUGGUGAAGAGCAAGCUGAACGGCAGUGCGAGCAGUCACGCCCUGGCGAGCAGCACGCAGACAGCGACGUCGAGGCACGCAUCGACCGGUGACAUCGUUGCGAGCCUAGAUCCGAAUCUCGACGACUCAGGCACGUUUCUGCCGCCGAUAUUGUGAAGUCGGGUUUGUGCCAGCCAUUUCUAAACGGGCUAUUCGCGUAUCGACGCGAUCUGCAGACUCGCUCUUUGCACUGAUGCGGGAAGUGCGCUAGAUGUCUAUCACUCGACAUAUAUCAAGAGCGGGUAACAAUUAAUAAAAGGCGCGUAUAGAACUGGCUGGCCGGUCCGACGUUACCGUUUCUUGAUGCCAAACGGCUAAUUAAACACAGAGUCGCUAGUCUCGGCAUGUAUCGAGCUAUGAGGCCAAAAUGACGAUCUGACGAACGGGAGAAGAGCGCGCAGACAUGACGAGAAAAUAUAGCAAUCGCGUGAUCGAUUCGCACUCCCGGGGACUCUGGCGAUCUAAUAUCACUCAGGUAAUCGUAAACGAACUCGCGUGCGCGCGCAUUAUCGUAGUUAUUCGCGGAAAAUAUAGACCUGUUGCCUACAAUGAGAAUACUAGCAAUCGUUAGUGUAUACUAUAUGUAUAUACCAUU